AGCGAGUAUAGCGAGCCGAACGGAGCGAGCGAGCGAGCGGUUUGAGGUUAGCUCGAGGGACAGUUUGGAUCGAGCGCGACCUAACUCGAGCUUCUCGAGUCUCUCGAGCCCGCGUCCUAUCGCGUUUUGGGCUCCAUGUUGCCGCUGGUGGAAUGACGUCAUCGAGUGUUGGUGCUUCGAGAGUGAGCUCCUUCCUCAGCCGUUCUAUCAAAGUUACUCGAUCAUGUAUUCGUGAUAAGUUGUAAGAUUUUCUGGUGCGGCAGACGGUGAACUCGGUGAACUCGCAGCGAUUCGCAGCGGUCGCCGAUUAGCGCUACCGUACUCGGCCUGCCACGCAUCCACCACCCGACGAGAUCACUGGCGAGAGGGACAUGGAACUUGUCGUAGUUUCCUGAAUCGGUAUCGCGAACACGACGACAGGAACACGGAGAAUCGAUUCGAUCUUUCUCGCUUCGGAUCCAACCGUUUCUCGUUCACCGUUCACAAUGGCCGCUCGUUUAUGACGAAUCCGCGGCGCGUGAGAAGCGAGCAGAGCGGCGCGGCGUGGCGGCGGCGGCGGGAGCACGUGGCACGCGAAGAGACUAGGUUUCCUUUCGGCCAGGUACGCCCAAACUCGCAUCCAACGUGGCUAAGAGCGUAAGCCCUCGUCGAGUGCACCAGGAGUGCUCGAGCGGCGGAGAGGUGCAGGUACAGGUGCAGCAGGAGAGGCGAGCACCGAGGCGCAUGCCUUACCUGGGGCCUGAUAUGACAACCCGGCUAUCCGCCAUGUUUUACACGGUCGAAGUCGGGGACACCAGAUUCACCAUUCUCAAGCGGUACCAGAACCUGAAGCCGAUCGGUUCCGGUGCACAGGGGAUCGUUUGCGCGGCGUACGACACGGUCACCGCGCAGAAUGUCGCGAUCAAGAAGCUCUCGAGACCUUUUCAGAACGUGACGCACGCCAAGAGGGCCUACAGGGAAUUCAAGCUGAUGAAGCUGGUCAAUCAUAAAAACAUAAUCGGUCUGUUGAACGCGUUCACGCCGCAACGGUCGUUGGACGAGUUUCAAGACGUCUACUUGGUGAUGGAGCUGAUGGACGCGAACCUGUGCCAGGUGAUCCAGAUGGAUCUGGAUCACGAGCGCACGUCCUACCUUCUGUAUCAGAUGUUGUGCGGCAUCAAGCACUUACACUCAGCCGGUAUCAUUCAUAGGGAUUUAAAGCCGAGCAAUAUCGUGGUGAAGGCCGACUGCACGCUCAAGAUCCUCGACUUUGGCCUGGCGAGGACCGCCGGGACCACCUUCAUGAUGACGCCGUACGUGGUGACGCGGUAUUACAGGGCGCCGGAGGUGAUCCUCGGGAUGGGCUACAAGGAGAACGUGGACAUCUGGUCGGUCGGGUGCAUAAUGGGCGAAAUGAUCCGAGGUGGCGUGCUGUUCCCCGGCACGGAUCACAUCGACCAGUGGAACAAGAUAAUCGAGCAACUGGGAACGCCUGCGCAGGAGUUUAUGCAGCGGCUGCAGCCGACGGUGAGGAACUACGUGGAGAACAGGCCGCGGUAUCCGGGAUAUCCGUUCGACAGGUUAUUCCCGGACGUUCUCUUUCCAGCGGACUCGUCGGAGCACAAUAGAUUGAAAGCCAGCCAAGCCAGGGAUCUAUUGUCGCGCAUGCUCGUCAUCGACCCCGAGCGACGCAUCUCCGUCGACGAGGCUUUGAUGCACAAUUACAUAAACGUGUGGUACGACGACAACGAAGUGAAUGCCCCUGCGCCAGGCCCGUACGACCACAGCGUGGACGAGAGGGAGCACACGGUGGACCAGUGGAAGGAGCUGAUCUACCAGGAGGUGAUGGAGUACGAGACGAGCCACAAUCCCGCGACGGUGGCUCAAACGUCCGAGACCGCCGGUUCCCGGUAG